ACUCUCUCUCUCCCUGACUGCGAAGACUUCCCGAAACGGUUACCUAUCAUCACAGGCACGGAGGCACGCCCACAUCAACUGAUUGCCUUCAAUCUUUUGAUUUUCAAUGAUCAAAAGCCCUUUUGCUUGUCAAAUUUCUCUUCUUUUGAUUUUCAAUAUUCACCAUUUGUUUGUUCAAUUUCUUGUGCAAACCAAUAAGGAGGAGAAGAAGGGGGAACAAGCGAAAAAAAACCCUACGCAGAAUAAGACUGCAGAAGUUGACCAAUUCAAGCACUUAGUUGGAUCAUUGUGAAUUUGGAGAAGUGGGUUUUGUUUGGAAUUUGGAUUGAAAGUUGAUGCGAGAGGUGGAUGGUGGGAAUUUAAUUUAGCUCGGUAGAGGUGUUGAAGAAAUUUUUUUUCAUUUUGAUGGAUUGGUUAUGCUGUUUUAAUUCUUCCUACUCUCAGCUCGUAGGACGUUCAUCAUCAAACUCUGGUAAGGGAAAAGGCCAUGAGGGGUUAAUCAAGUAUGGUUUCAGCUUAGUAAAGGGGAAAGCUAAUCAUCCAAUGGAGGACUAUCAUGUUGCUAAGUUUAUUCACAUACAAGGGCAUGAGUUGGGGUUAUUUGCUAUUUAUGAUGGUCAUUUGGGAGAUACUGUGCCUGCCUUCCUACAAAAGCAUUUGUUUUCCAAUAUACUGAAGGAGGAAAACUUUUGGGUUGACCCCAAUAGAGCCAUUGCAAAAGCUUAUGAGAGGACAGACCAAGCAAUUCUUUCACAGAGUGCUGAUUUGGGGCGGGGCGGGUCUACUGCUGUUACUGCAAUUUUGAUAAAUGGUCAAAGAUUAUGGGUAGCCAAUGUUGGAGAUUCACGUGCGGUUCUUUCAAGAGGUGGCCAGGCACUUCAAAUGACCAUAGACCAUGAGCCCAACACAGAAAGAGGCAGCAUCGAGAACAAAGGCGGCUUUGUCUCAAACAUGCCAGGUGAUGUGCCUAGAGUUAAUGGCCAGCUGGCAGUUUCUCGUGCUUUUGGGGACAAAAGCCUUAAGACUCAUUUGCGAUCCGAUCCCGACAUACAAAAUGUUGACGUUGAUAACAGCACAGAGCUCCUAAUCCUUGCAAGUGAUGGUCUUUGGAAGGUGGUGGCUAACCAAGAAGCUGUCGACAUUGCAAGAAAGAUCAAAGACCCGCAGAAAGCUGCAAAGCAAUUAAUAGUCGAGGCUGUGAAAAGAGAGAGUAAAGAUGAUAUAUCCUGUAUCGUCGUUAGAUUUAGGGGAUGAAACCUUCUUAAGCAUUUCCGCUCUCCAGGUGCAGUAGAUACCUAAAUAAGAGUUUCUUUACACGAGAUUCCAAUUUCUGGAUUAGACAGCCAACGAAGCAGAUACCUGGUCGACGUAAUCCCUGGAGUUCUGAAAUAUGGAAUUUGCAUAAUGAAAACAAGAACUAUAGAUGGGUUACUUACUCCUACUCCUUUGUAAAUUGAUUUUAUUGAUUAGGUUGUGGUGCUUGAUAUUGUUUGAUAUCUUUGAAAAGUUGUCUUAGAGAUCGUAUGUAUAUUUUUCUUCCAAUUUGCACAGAAGACCAGAGCAUGUAUCCAUGACAAAUGUGGGUUUGAUUGUGUAUUUAUUUUUCAGUAUGGUUCGAUGCC